AUGCACAGUUCCCACAGCCUCCUCCCGCUCCUGCCGCUGCCGUUGCUCCUGCUGCUGACCACCACGGGCCCUGCUGGAGCCCUCCCAGAAUCCGAGAAACGUUUGCUACUGGAGGCACACAACUUCUACCGUUCCCAGACGUACCCACCGGCUGCAAACAUGCUGAAGAUGCUGUGGGACGAUGAUUUGGCCGCCUUCGCCAAGGAAUAUGCUCAGCAGUGUGUGUGGGCCCACAACCCUAAUCGGGGGCAGCGUGGCGAGAACCUGUUUGCCAUCACAGGCGAUAGCAUGGACGUAAAGCUGGCUGUGGCCGAGUGGAACCGAGAGUUCAGUUACUACAACUUCACCACAGGAAGCUGUGAGCCUGGAAUGAUGUGUGGCCACUACACACAGGUGGUUUGGGCCAACUCUGGAAAGGUGGGGUGUGACACCCAACUUUGUGCUAAACUCCAGAAUGUUGAAGAAUCCGAUGUCCACUUUCUGGUUUGCAACUAUGCACCCCCAGGGAACUUUCGUAACCAGAAGCCCUACAAGGAAGGACAACCAUGCUCUGAUUGCCCCACAAACUAUUUUUGUGAGAAUUUCCUCUGCGAACCCAACAGAGGUCCGGAAGAGCCUCAGGAUUUGCCUUUCCCAAAGAUUGAGGCCCAGACCUCCAUGGCAACAGAAGCCUCGAGCUUUAAUAAAUCAAGUGCCCCUUCCUCCCCAGCAACCAAGGCUCCGGCCUUCUUAGUAACAGAGGUUUCAACCUCCCUGGCAACCAAGAGUUUGCCUACUGUACAGACUGAUGCCCCAUCUUCCUUAGAAGGGAAAGAUUCCUUCUCCAUGGCAACCGAGGCCCCACCCAUCUCAACAACUGAGAGGCCAUCCUCUCUGACAACUCACAGUCUCCUCAGACCAGUUACCUCCCCUAAGUCUACCCACGUGCCUUUCCUCACAUCAACGGCCAAAGUUGUCAGCAGGACAACUGUUCCCUCUACAAGUCCAGUGACAUCUUUGUACUCCAAGAUGUCCCUGACAGGGACUCUGCAGCCCCUGUCCUACACCCAAGAGAAAGCACUUCCCAGUGAAAGUUCAGUAUCAGUUUUCCCAAUCCAAGAUGAGCCAGAUAAGCUACAGACCACAUUUGUCCACUUGGGGCACACCUCCUUCAGGUCCCUGCCCCAAGCCCCCAAUAAUUCCAGCCCUGCUAGUGCUCUAGGUGGGCGCACACUAGCCCUGCAGUCAUCCUUGCCAGCUAAAAAGCUUGAAGUUGAGUUAGAGCAUUAUCCCAGCCCUACAGAUCAGAAGCCGGGAGGAUGGAAUCCAGCAGAGCCCAAGCAGGAGAAGCCCAAACAAGAGGAGAUUAAACCCAUUGGACUCAACCCAGUCGGGCUCACGCCAGUCCUGAUAGGACAGAACCAAUUGGCGCCCAAGCCAAACCUGACUGAGAAGAACCAAUUGGGGCCCAAGCCAAACCUGACUGGGCAGAACCAAUUGGCGCCCAAGCCAAACCUGACUAGGCAGAACGCCCUCAAGCAGGAGUCAGAGGAAUCAAACCCCGAAAAGAAGCUGGAUGAGCUGGAGGAGGAUCUAAGUCUGGAAAGAUCUCCUGUGAAAAAGCCACAGCUCUCUGGCAGCGAUACCCCUUGA